UUCCUUGCUUGCGUGUUGUGUUGGCUGGGCAGUGCACGUGUUUUGUGUGUCGAUGCUCUUCGUCAGCUCUGCACUUGUAUUGCAUUUCGUCCGCUUAGUGCUCACGAGCGAACGCAAACGAUGAGUCGCUAUUUCACAACGCAAGCAGAUGCAUCUGAAGAAAGAAGUCACCCAUUGGCGCAUGCAGGUGACACCAUAAAAAAAGUUUUGACUAAAAAUAGGAAGAAGCAAAACCAAAAAGUGGUGAAGCAUACUGCAAAAAAACUGAAGACUACUGCCCCAUCUCCUGCUGAGGAGAGUGUAGCUGCAAAGUACAAGCGUUCAGGCCACUUGACAAUUAAAGGCAUCAAAACAGGUGUUCAGCGCAAAAAGAUCCAAGCUGGUAUCAAAAAAGUGAGGCAGUCAGUGCUUCAAGCAGCUCGUGCAGAAUUACUGCUUCCAGAGGAUGUUGGGUAUCUGCAGGCUGAUGAUGGUGAAGAAACGUUUGAGCUUUUGCAGCAAGAUAUUGCAGAUGCAGUCGACAUUACCAGCUGUACAAAGUAUUUUGACCUGAAUCUGCCACAGUUUGGGCCCUAUUCAAUCAACUACUCAAGGGAAAGCCGGCACCUGUUGCUCGGUGGUGGUCGGGGUCAUGUGGCUGCUCUGGACUGGGUCACCAAGCGCCUUCUAUGUGAGACCAAUGUGAUGGAAUCAGUGCAUGCAGUCCAGUGGCUGCACAUGCCCACCAUGUUUGCUGUGGCACAAAAGACUUGGGCAUACAUUUAUGACAGCCAGGGAGUUGAACUGCACUGCCUUAAAGCCCUGGACAAUGUGCUACGCAUGGCCUUCCUGCCUUACCACUUCUUGCUUGUCACAGCUAGUGAGAAAGGUUACCUUUCUUGGCUGGAUACAUCCAUAGGGAAAAUAGUGGCUCAGUUCAAUGCGAAGUCUGGCCGGCUCAAUGUCAUGAAGCAAAAUCCACACAAUGCUGUCAUCCUAACAGGCCACACGAAUGGUGUCGUCAAAAUGUGGACGCCUAAUAUGAGGGAAGCAGCAGUAACUAUGUUGUGUGCUAAGGCACCUGUGAGGGACCUUGCAGUGGACCAACGUGGCCUGUACCUUGCGACGGUUGCUGCUGAUAGGACGUUGAAGAUCUGGGACGUAAGGACAUACAAGACAUUGCAAGCUUACAAGCUUCAAGCUGGUCCUGGACAUGUCAGUUUCAGCCAAAAAGAGAUGGUGGCUUUAUCACUUGGCAGCUAUGUGGAGGUAUACAAAGAUUGCUGCCGUAAAACAGUCGGAGCACCCUACCUGCGCCACAAGGCCCCUGGCACAGUUUCUUCACUGGAGUUCUGCCCUUAUGAGGAUGUACUGGGGAUUGGACAUCAGAGAGGCUUCACCAGCAUCCUAGUCCCAGGCUCUGGAGAGCCAAACUUUGAUGCACUUGAGAGCAACCCAUACAUGACGAAGCAGCAACGAAGAGAAAUGGAAGUAAAGGCUCUUCUAGAGAAAGUACAACCAGAGCUCAUCUGCUUAGACCCCAAGCGCCUUGGCCAGGUGAACGUUGAAAGGAUGCAAGCAAAAGUGGACGAAUCGAACAAGAAAUUGUGGGUAAAGCCAAGGACAAUUGACUACACUCCCAAAGUUGGGAAGAAGACUGCCAAAGUAAAGCAGGCACUGAGAGAGCAGAAUGUCAAGGAACACCUAAAACAGCUUCAGCAAGAGAAGAAGGCCGAGGUGAAACGACAAAAGGACAGGAGCUCAAGCAAUGUUCUGGACCGGUUCAGACCAAAGUGAUUUACUAGUUGUCAUUUGUACAAAUAAAACUAAUUUUAUUAAUCAUA